AUGCACCCUGGUUCCCCAACAGGCAGGCCAAGUGCUCCCCCCAGUGAAUCCCCGAGCAGCAGCCCCAGCAGAAUCCCAACAGGAGCACCAAGCACCUCACCGAGCUCCACUCCCAGUGACAACCCCACUGGCAUACCAACAGGGGCACCGAGCACGAGCCCAAGCUCAAGUCCAAGUUCUUCUCCAAGUGGCAGUCCUACAGGAACACCCAGUGCGGGCCCCAGUGCCAGCCCUAGUUUUUUCCCAAGCACCAGUCCAACCGGUACACCCAGCACUAGCCCAAGUGCCAGUCCAAGUGCAGAGCCCAGCCACAGCCCAACUGGCGUUCCAAGUGCUGGUCCGAGUGCAAGUCCCAGUUCAAUUCCUACUGGAUCCCCCAGUGGCAGUCCAAGCUCCAGACCCAGUGCUGCACCUAGCAAGAAUCCCACUGGUUCUCCCAGUGUUAGUCCCAGUAUGCAACCCAGCAUAAGCCCAACGGGCAAUCCAAGCCAGGCACCCAGUGAAAGCCCAAGCUCUAGCCCAAGUGGUUCACCUACGUCCAAUCCAAGUUUUGGCCCAAGUGGCUCUCCCAGUUUGUCACCCUCAGGCAGUCCUACAUCAGAUCCAAUCACCAGUCCAAGCAAUGAACCCAGUACAACACCAAGUACCAAACCCACCACAGCCCAAGUGAAAGCCCAGUCACCGCCUGUCAAAUCCCACCUCAGGACCCAGCUCCUUCCAGUACCCUCCCAGUUUAUCACCGAGCCGGACCUACUCCGUACAAGUGUUCACCAAGUCUGGGUUCCCACGCAAGCCCAAGCAUCAGCCCAACAGCAACCCGAGUAUUAUGCCCAGCAUUGGGCCACCAACGCACCGAGUGCAAGUCCCAGUCGAACUCCCAGCAUCUCACCAAGCCGGGCACCCACAUAG